ACCAAUCGUAUCUUCUUGAGUGUAUCAUACAAAUCCCAAUCUUAAUCAAAAUCAUAAAAAUCUUAUUUCAUACUCUGUUUCAAGAAGCUUCUAGGUCUCGUAACGAAAUUAUGAGAGUGUCAGGGGAGAUUUUUCGAGGUCGUCGGGAUUUAAUCCCGGGAUUACCAGAGGAAUUGGCAAUGGAGUGUUUGGUCAGAGUUCCGUUCGAGUUUCACUCUUCUAUGAAAUCCGUUUGCCGUUCAUGGCGAAGCUUAAUCUCCGACCGUUCUUUCAACCGGGAACGGCGAAGAUUUGGGAAAGCUGAAACGCUCCUCUGCCUUGUUCAACCUCUGACUUCGCCGUCUCCGGUUAAUUCACCGGUUGAGGGUGAGAUUAGUGAGAAGAAGAAAGAGGAGGAAGGCGAGUCUCAGCAACAGCAGCAGCAGCAGCCACCGCGUGUGAUUGGCACGCCACUUUACGGGUUGAGCGUUUACAACGCAACGCUGGACACGUGGCACCGCGUCGCGAUUCCUGAACGCAUCCCUUUGUUCUGCGAGUGCGUCGCGCUUCAGGACGCAGGGAAAGUGUUGUUAAUCGGCGGGUGGGAUCCGGAGACGUUGCAGCCUGUGAGGGACGUGUUUGUUCUGGAUUUCUCCGCCGGAGAAGGAAGUGGACGGAGGUGGAGGCGAGGGAAGCCGAUGUCGGCGGCGAGGUCGUUUUUCGCCUGCGCGUCUGUCGGUUCGACGAAGGUUUACGUCGCCGGAGGACACGACGAUCAGAAGAACGCUCUCCGAUCGGCGGAGGUGUACGAUGUGGAGAAGGACGAGUGGUCGACGAUUACUCCGAUGGCGGAAGGAAGAGACGAAUGCCACGGAUUCUCGAUGGCUUCGGAACUUGGGUUUUGCGUGCUGAGCGGUUACGGGACGGAGACGCAAGGCCAAUUCCGAUCUGACGCUGAGAUUUACGAUCCGAUUGCGGAUUCGUGGACUACAAUUGAAAAUGUCUGGCCGUUUCCCGAUUUAAGUCCGAGAGGUCGCACAGCCGCCGCCGCUGAAUCCGCCGGAGGUUUCAGAGGUUGUAGUUUAUGGUGCUUCAUUGACAGCGAGAGACAGAGUCAGCCUCGCUGGGAAAUUGAGGACGAGUCAAUGAAAUGGAAGGUGGUUAUGGAGACGAUUCGGCUUCCGGUGACGACGUUGACGUCGGUUUUCGCAGGAAGUUUGAGUGGCCAAGCGGUGUCAAUGAUUUGCGGCGGCGGGGAAGAAAGUGGGACGAUGAUGAUGAUGAGGACGGCGGAGAAAAACGGCCGGAAGUGGAGCCACGUCAACACUCCCUCUGGUUUUUCGAGUCUUCCCUUCUCGUAUUCGUUAAUCUACGUCUGAACUUCCCCUUCAUGUAAAUCGAAACUGAAGCCUCAAGAAUCUCUCUGUUUUAAAACUCUUUGACUUAAGUCAACGUUUUUGUGUGGAAACGAAGCAGUUGUACAAAUAAAUGCAAUGGCUGAAUAUAAUACUGUUUUUCUUUUCUUUUU